UAGUGCUCCCCCCGUCUCUCCCCCUCCUGCCUGCAGGUCAGAUGUGGUGGUUCUCUGCUUCUCCCUGGCGAACCCCAACUCCCUGCGCCAUGUGAAGACCAUGUGGUACUCGGAGAUCAAGCACUUCUGCCCACGGACACCCAUCGUGCUGGUAGGGUGCCAGCUGGACCUGCGCUAUGCUGACCUGGAGGCAGUCAAUCGUGCCCGGCGCCCACUGGCCAAGCCCAUCAGACCCACGGACAUCCUGCCGCCCGAGCGGGGCCACGAGGUGGCCAAGGAGCUGGGGGUGCCGUACUACGAGACCAGCGUGGUGGCACAGUUCGGCGUCAAGGAUGUCUUUGACAACGCCAUCCGCGCCGCCCUCAUCUCCCGCCGCCACCUGCAGUUCUGGAAAUCCCACCUGAAGAAGAUGCAGAGGCCCUUGCUGCAGGCACCCUUCCUGCCCCCCAAGCCGCCCCCGCCUGUCAUCCACAUCCCGGAGCCAUCCACCAGUGGUGGCCAGGGCCCUGCCGCCCUCUUCUGCACCCCGCUCUGUGCUGAUGUGGUCUUCCAGCUGCAGGGGGGGCACAGUGUCUUCGCCCAUCGCGUCUACCUGGCCACAUCCUGCUCCAAGUUCUACGACCUCUUCACCCUGGCGGGGUCGGCGAGCCAGGCUGGGGAGCCCUGUGGCGUGGCGCGGCGGGCGGCCAAGGAGCCAGCUGCCAGGACUAAGAGCCUGGAGAUGGAGAAGGGCCUCCUAGGUGAGGGGGCCCAGGCCCCUCUCAGGACUUCGCAGAGUGACGAUCCCCUGCGGCUGGUGCAGGGCGAGGGCCAGCAGUUCCCAGGGGCCGGGGGCCAGGAGCUGUCGGGCUGGGGACGGGGCUUCGUCAGCAUGCAGCUGGAGUUGGUUCAGGACCCCGUGACCCAGCGGGAGAAGCAGAUGACGGUGGUGUCCAUGGACUGCCUGGUCCAGCCGGGGCCCUUCCAGGCGGUGCUGGAGUACCUGUACACGGGCCACCUGGACCAGGGCCGCGCAGACCUCAUGCAGGUGGCCAUCAUCGCCGAGCUGCUGGAGGUCUUCGACCUGCGCAUGAUGGUGGCCAACGUGCUGAACAAGGAGAGUUUCAUGAACCAAGAGAUCACCAAAGCCUUCCACGUGCGCCGUGCCAACCGCAUCAAGGAGUGCCUGGGCAAGGGCGUCUUUGCGGGUAUGGGCGGGGCCUGGGGCCUCUUCUAGCAUCCAGGUGCUGUA